AGCAUUUUGAUUGUUCUCUUCGGACAUCCAUUACGCCUGAUCAUUUUCAUCAUUAUCAUCAACAUGAUUUUCUCUCGCCUGCCUUUAAUUGCCUUGCGUAACGCGAAAUUUCCACUACGUCAAGCUCAUUCGAAAUCUGCCUGUGAAAAACAAGGAGUACUGAAAUGGGCAUGUCAAAACUAUCCAGUUGUCUAUCUUGGAGGAUUAAUCUUUGGAGCUGUUUCCGCGAUAACACUUUACACAAUACGAUGUUUACUACAGAAUCCUGACCUGUUUCUUCCAUUCUAUGAUAAGAUUCCACGUGAUGAAUACUACUUUGAUAAACAUUAUUUUGGUGCAAAACAACCCGAGAAUAUGGAUGUCCUCCCGCCAGUUCGAAUGCAUCAUGAUGGAGUACUAGAAUUUCCAUAUGAAAAUCAUAGUAGAAAGUAUGUGCAUCCUCCUGAAUAAUAAUAAUAAUAAUAACAUUAUUAUUACAUGUGAUGCUAUGACUACUGAUGAACACAAAGAAGGUUAGUCAUUAUUGUCAGUGUUGAAUUUCUCACCAAAAUCAUCAUAUUCUACAUCUUUGCAUAGUUCAAAGACAAUAAAUUGUUGUUUUUUGUUUUGUUCCCUCUGACUUCUUUAUUCCUCUCUCUUAUAUAAUCGAAAUAAAAGCAUUCAAUGCAGAUGGAAUUAAUCGCCUACAUUCGAUGGUACUCUUUCCCCAUAAUAAUAAUAAUAAUUAUUAUUAUUAUAAGAAAAGGCACAAACAGCGAAGAAGAAAACUUUCUUUUUGACGAUUACUCAUUUUCAUGAGCUGCUGUACAAUCGUAAUUAUAUUAGACAAAGAA